CAUAGUGAUAGACAGAUAGGCCCUAAUGGAAUUCCCGUUGUUACAAUUAGAUCUAGAUCCAAAUGUAAGUCUCUUCAUUGGGCUUCCUUAGUGUGUUCUUGUUAGCCAAUGACAAGUCCAUGAGAUUUCUAAUAAAUAUUUGCACUAGUUUUCUUAACCUUGAUAUUAAUUCCUUAAUCUGGAUCUACCAAUAGUUUUUUAAAUAUAGGUUAUAUAUAGGCCUACUGCAGGGCCUUUUAUAGUUGACAAAUGAGAUUAUUCCUCACAGCUGCUGAUUGUGUAUCUAUAUUAUUUGUUUCAUUUAUUUUAUUGUGUCAUGCAGGACCCCCAACUCUUGAUGCUAUCACAAAUAAAAUAUGUCCCCCUGAUAAGCCCUAUAAAUGUUUACCAUACGGUAAAUGUUAUGGAGUGGAGUCAUAUUGUGACUCGAAAUCUGGUACAGUCAAAUCAUGCUUCCCACCAGACAUGUCAGAAAAGGAGAUUUGGUGUAGAGAGUUUGGCCACAAUGUAACAUUCAUGAGAGACCAAACAUGUUUGACAGCCUGUUCCUUAAUAUUUUUACAAGAUUCAUACAAUUUACUAAACAACGUCUGCUCUGACAGUAGUCCACACAAAUGUCCACCUGCUGGUGAAUGCUACAACAGCUUACAAUACUGCCAAUCUGGCAAAGUCCAUUCCUGUUUUCCUGAAGAUGCCAAAACUAAUUUGCUGGACUGGUGUAAAACUAAAGGUCUACAAAAUGUGACUUUUAUGAACCACAACUCUUGUCAACUUGCAUGUCAGACAUUAUUCAGCAUUGCAGAUCUGGCACCAGAUAAAGAGACAAUAAACAUUGGUUUGCUGAUAACUCUUAUUAUUGUCAUAGCUAUUUUAGUAAUAGUACCAUUCAUUAUAUGGAGGUCAAUCAUUCUUAAGAAACUACAAAGUGUGUACAAUAGAAACAGACCACAUGGCAGAGGAAAGAAUUACCCCAAAAGAAAAAUUGUGGUGAAUUCUGAGCCAAAGCACUCUGGAAGCAGUUUUCUCUCAGUGCCCUUAGAUCCAGUAUCUGAAGAUGUUAAAUUGGACAAAGAAAUUAGCCUCAAAAAGCUUCAACACUCCACUGGAAGUAGUGUCUUAUUAAGACAAAAUAGUAAGCCCACAGAGACAUCAUUUACAAACAUAUAAACAUGGUAUUAUUAAAUAAUGUAUAUUCUAGAAAGCAAAAACACUAACAAUAUAGUUUAUUAUAUUUACUUAUCUAAAAUUGGUUUUAAAAAAUGCAUAAUGUUACUGGAAAUGUUGCUUUUGUUGUUUUUUUGUAAUUGUUUAGUCUUUUCUUUCAAAAUUUAACUGAAUGUGUUCUAAAUGUCAUUUCUUAAUAUCAUGAUCUCUAAAUGCCCAUUGGUGCAUAAGACCAGGACCGGCAUUAGGCCACUGCAGCCUAUGCGGCGCAGUGAGCCCUGCACUUUCAUAGGCCCUGCGCUAACUCUAGUUGUAAAUUAUUAAAUUAAACUUAACAGGGUUUUUGCGGCCUCCUGAUUUUCCAGGAGCCUCAGGAAAUCUCUUGAAAUUGCUUAGUAUUCGAAAAAAGUCAUGAAAAUAUCAAAUUGCUAAAAUAUCCUGAAAACUCAUAAAGAUGUCCUGAAAAAUAGACAAAAUUGUCAUUUUGGGGUGUCAUUCAAUAUAGAAAACGCCAAUCCUACUCGCAAUUAAAAAAGGCAUUGUCAGCUUUCAUUAAAAAAAUGAUAAUAAGGUGAAUUUUAACCAAAACAGGAAGUUCCAAUACUUCAUUAUUUACUUUAAUAGUCACUGGCAUAUAAAUAUAUAGAUUUAAAUCUAUCUCGAUUUCUUAAAAAAAAUCAAAAGCAAUAUUUUGCUAGUCGAUAUAGUAAACUAAUAGGCAGAUCUGAAUAUUUAUCAGUUUUUUUUGUUGGAAAACUACCUUCUAAUGUAGAUGGCUCGUAAAGUUAAUUUGACCGUGAUUUUGUACUUAGUAAAAUAUGAAUAAAAUGCUAAGUAUUUAUUUUGUAACAAAAAAUCUUAAAAUUUUCACUUAUUAUCCUUAUCCCUACCCAGAGGGCCAGACUAAGCCCUGCGCAAUCCAUUUCGCAUAGGGCCCCGCAAUCUGUAGGACUGGCCCUGCAUAAGACUAAGACAGCUUUAUUGAUCCUAAUUGGAUAUUGUGUUAUAAUUAGGUAUAUAUAUAUAUAUAUAUAUAUAUAUAUAUAUACAUUGUAUGCUUUUACAUUUUACGAACAUAUUUUUAGACAAGCUUCAAUAUGCAGUUUGUGUUAAUCACAACCUACAUAAAAUCAAGAGAAGAGUAAAUCUGUAAUGUAAUGUGUGAGUAUGAGUGAACCAUUUACUUUUAAAAUAAAGUAUGCAUAUUUUAUGUACAUACAUAAAACCAUACAAAAAAACAGGAUUAAAAAAAUUACUGUGUAUCAUCUAGAUUAUCCACAAUGUGUAUAUUUCUAAAAGGGUCUCGUUUCUUAAUUUGAAGUUACUUCAAAAGCUUUUACUUUGUGUAUGUGUGAUAAUAAGUGAUCAUGACUUGUUUGCAACCUUUAGCUGCCUAUUAGUUUGAGGCGAACAUCCUUUCGUUUUUUACAGUAAUAUAGUUUAGACAUUCUCAUCAUUUAAUCAUAAUUAAGUGCAUUCAGAUUCUUUGUGUUUAAACUUUAUUGAUCAGCAAGUCAUAACCUUUUGCUGAAGACCAGUACAAAGAUUAAAAGUUAUACUUUAAAGUGUAAAACAAAUUUGAAUUAUCUCAUCAUGUCAUAUAAAAUAUGGAAUGUACACUAAAUAUUUUUAUACUAAAUAAAUAAUAAUUCUUUAUAAAAACACA